AUGUCGGACGGUUUCGAUCGGGCCCCAGGUGCUGGUCGGGGCCGGAGCCGGGGCCUGGGCCGCGGAGGGGGCGGGCCUGAGGGCGGCGGUUUCCCGAACGGAGCGGGGGCUGCUGAGCGGCCGCGGCACCAGCCGCCGCCGCAGCCCAAAGCCCCGGGCUUCCUGCAGCCGCCGCCGCUGCGCCAGCCCAGGACGGCCCCGCCGCCAGGGGCCCAGUGCGAGGUCCCCGCCGGCCCCCAGAGGCCUCCCCGGCCCGGGGCGCUCCCAGAGCAAACGAGGCCCCUGAGAGCUCCACCUAGUUCACAGGAUAAUAUCCCACAGCAGAACUUGGAGUCAGCAAUGGCUAAACCCCAGGUGGUUGUAGCUCCUGUAUUAAUGUCUAAGCUUUCUGUGAAUGCUCCUGAAUUUUAUCCAUCAGGUUAUUCUUCUAAUUAUACAAGCACGAGCGGAGGAAGGGCGAAGAGAGAGAAUCCUAAGCAGAUUAUUGGGCUCCCCACAUCUGUUCCUACAUCCUACAAUCCAUUCUCUACCCAGCUGUUCCAGAUGUUGGUCCUCACGGGAGGAGUCACAACCAGGUGGGGCGGGUACCAACCUUUGAGUAUCGGAAGUAAAGAUCAAAGAGGAAGCAACCACAUUCAGGACUGGAAACGCCCACCUCCCCUACUUCCGGUCCCGUCCUUUGCUGGGCGCUCGACGGAUUGGCCCCCGGAACAGAGGGCGUGCUUGGGCGGGACUUCCGGUAUUUUGGAGCGGAAAGACGCUUCCGCGGCUUGA